GAACCAAUUGAUAGUGAUUCGUUGUUUUGCCAAUUCAUUGCCGACAGUUUUGCUUGGGAGGCACGGUGCAGGUCAUUAUCUUACUUUUUAAAGAUAUUUCAGCACCGAAUGUAAAGUCAAGAUCCUCCGGGAAACGGUGAUACUUGUGUGAGAGCUACGGAAGUGCAACUCAAUUAUCAUUCACUCCUACAGUUCGAUAGCAUCGGGCGACACAGAAGACGGCAGGACUCGCGAUAGCGAAAUUCCCGAGUGCCCUCGUUAUCUCAGGAAUCAAUUGUAGUAAUUACCAAAGAUCGUAAGUCCAGACACGCGGACGCAACAUAUAUCAAUAAUGGCAGCAAUUAAUCAGGCACUUGUGCUGGCCCUCGAAAGCAACCCGAAGGAAUCGUACGUCGUGGCCACGGAAACACUGCUCCGGCUGCUAGAUAACAUUAUUCGCGAGCCGCAAAACGCCAAGUACCGGACGGUGCGGCUCGAGAACCAAUCGAUUAAGGAGAAACUGCUCUCGGCAGUGGGCAUGAAGCAGUUGAUGUUGGCGAUCGGUUUCAUCGAAGCGAACGGCACGCUCACCGUACCCUCGAAUGUGUUGCUUGCAAACCUGAGGAAAUAUCGCGAGUUUAUACACGAACGAAAAGAGCUGAUUAAAAAUCCACCAAAAACCGCACCGACUGCAAGUAUCACAACGAACACAAACGGUGGCACGGUGGCAAACACAACUCUACCAAGUGGGUCUAAUAUGAUGUUCCUACCGGCCGGAAGUAGCACCGGUGCAAAGCAGGAGGAAAGAAAAGAACUAAUCGAUAUCAAGGCUAGCAGACCGUUUCAUGCACGAAUCGAAUUCCCUCGAGUACUGCAAACUAGUAACACUCUAUUACUUCAGCUGGAGCUCCUUUCCGAUCAGGUGAUGCAAUAUGAAGACGAAUUGUUGCUAGUGAGCGGAAGGAACGUUAUACCGAUCGAUGCGCUGACCGCACGGGCAAAAGAUAAAUUGAUCCAGUGGAAGCGAUUACUUGACGGUAGCGCUAACGGUGAACAAGAACCAAGUCACGAGGAUUUGCUACUGGAGGAGUUGACUGCUUGGUUUAAGGCUGACUUUUUCACUUGGGUAAACGCACUGCCGUGUUUGGUCUGCGGCAACGAAAAGACACAGCUCGUGCAGAGCAUCGUGAUAGACGGUGUGCGGGUAGAGGUGUACAAAUGCUGCGGUCAAUUGCGUCACUUCUACCGGUACAACGAUGUGGAGAAGCUUUUGCAGACCCGAAAAGGACGCUGUGGCGAGUGGGCCAACUGUUUUACAUUCCUAUGCCGCUGUCUUGGGUAUGACGCACGGUACGUUUUUUCCACAAGCGACCACGUCUGGACGGAGGUAUGGUCAGACCGACGGCAACGUUGGAUUCACGUGGAUCCGUGUGAAAAUGUUCUGGACGCUCCACUGAUGUACGAGCACGGUUGGAAGAAAGAGAUCACAUACGUGUUCGGGUUCGCUUGUGAUGAUGUGCAGGAUGUUAGCUGGCGGUACUCAAGUGAUCACGAAGCGAUGAUGCAAAGACGAAAUGCCUGCUCCGAAAAACUCCUCCUGGAAGCUAUCCGGAAGCUGCGUGUCAAGCGGAGAGCUGGUGCAAAUUGUACGCAAGAAAGGUUGGCCCUUUUAAGACGACGCACAUUCGAUGAGGGUAUACAAAUGCUAGCUAAUGCAGGUAGGACGGCAACGCUGGCGGAGCGGGAAGGGCGCAGUUCCGGUAGUCUCGAGUGGCGCUUGCAGCGAGGCGAGCAACAGGUAAACACGCGCUACAUGUUCAUUCCAACCGAGGAGGAAGUGCAGGCAAAGCAAUUCAACAUUCGAUAUUCCUGCGUGUUGGAUUGCUACGAGCGCUUUUUGAAAGGUGCUAGCAAUCGGGUGAACGAAAAAAUCACCGAAAAAUCGAAGGGCUGGGAAAGCAGACAGUUUUUGAGUAAAAACAUUUUUCGCAAGGAGGAACACGAUUGGAAGAUGGUGUACCUUGCUAGAACGGAAGGAACCGAUGAGGCUACGAUCGAAUGGAACUUUGACUUCUCCGUGCAGGGGUUGCGUGUGAAACAGGUGGAGCUGCAAUUCGGGCAGGAAACCUACGAAGGAGCGAAAGUGGAACUGUACUACAUAAAGAGCGAUGGAUCGCAGUCGCAGUCCCUGUCGUCACUGUGCGAGUGUGGUAAGUUCACGCUGCAGGCCCGCCUUUCCGGCGGUACAUCCUGGCAGCAUGCCCAACUAUUCCGACAAUCAAAAUCUGAUAUUGACGAGUAUCCUUUCGAGAUGAAUAUUGUUUUAAUGUAAACCCAAAUGUGGCUAAAUAACAUCACUCAAAUCAUGCAAAAACUAAAAAAAAUCAUGGGAUUGCUCGAAUCUUGCACCCUUUCCGGUUGGUUGCAUGACGUAAGCUUACUAUUAAGCAAGGACCGUGGCUAUAUCCGCUUUUUGCAAGCUGUAUAGCCUGUGGGGAAUAAGAAGAAGAAAGACAAAAUAAUUCCAUUUUUUACAUGAUAUCUACAUGAGUAAACAAGCAAUAUUAUUACCAUA